AACAUCUCUGUCUGUUUCAGGUGUAACAGAAAUUUCAAUGUAGGCAAACCAAUUGUGGCAAUAUGGAUGAGUUUUUGUCACAAGUAAAGACAACUCUGCUUGAGGGAGACCAACUUAGUGGUACAAAAAUUCAUGUUGUGAUAGGGAAUGAAGCCUGUGACCUAGAUUCCACAGUGUCAGCUAUUACAUAUGCCUAUUUCCUUCAUACUAAAAACAAAGAAGAAAACACAAUUACAAUACCUGUGGUGAACAUACCGGAGACCCAUUUCCGGUUACGUAUGGAGACAACCCAUUUCUUCAACAAGCUCAACAUUCAACCUAGAAGUCUGCUGUUCAAGGAUCAUGUGGAUUUUGGAAGAUGGUACACAGAGGAAAGAUUGCAGCUCACACUGGUGGACCAUAAUGUAUUGACUGGAACAGAUGUGCAGUAUGAAGAUUGUGUUGUAGAAGUCAUAGACCACCAUGUCAGAGAGAGACCUGUUCAUGACAGUGUGAGGGUGAAGCUUGACUCUGUUGGAUCAUGCUGUACUUUAGUCGCAGAAGAGCUUCUCAAUGACCCAGAUUUUGAAAUAGAUGAAACAGUAGCUGAAUUACUAUAUGGCACCAUAUUGGUUGAUACUAUAAAUAGAUCACCAGAGGCAGGAAAAAUAACUCUGAGAGAUGAAGUUGCUCUCAGUCAGCUUGAGAACAUUAUUCCUAAUGUAAAGGGAGAUAACUUGUUUGAAGAACUCCAAGCUGCCAAGUUUGAUAUAUCAGGAUUACUGAAUAUGGAGAUACUGGAAAAGGAUCUGAAGAUGGUCAAUGGUACUGCCAUGACAAUAGCCAUGUGCUCUGUUACCAUGGAUAUGAAGGAGCUGCUUGAAAGACCAAACUUCAAAACAGAUCUAGAUGAGUUUUGCCAACAGCAGAAUUGUGAAGUGAUUGUCAUAAUGACUUUAGUGACAAAUGAAGAUGGAAAACCAGACAGGCAGCUUUCUGUGUACUCACAGAACAGAAUAUUUCGAGAUCAGAUAGCUGAUACUUUAGACAACUCGGAAGACAUAGAUUUAGAACUUGAGCCAUUAGAACCACCAUUUGAUGAUAUAACAGUCUUCUCACAGGGAAAUGUGAAGGCUUCAAGAAAAAAAGUUAUGCCAAUCUUGAAAUCGUUUCUGCAUGGGGACAUUACACCAGAUGUUUCUAGUAAAGAUUUUGUUACGCAGCAUUCUGUUCCCAUGGCAACAGAAGGGUUUAGUCAUCUAGAGGUAGGUGAUUCUGAAAAUGUAACUGAAGAUAAUGAAAGCCGUGUAAAAUUUACAAUAGAAUCAUUAGAAAGGAGCUCUACAGAAGAGGAAAUAGUGCCAAUAGAAAAUAUUGAAGGAAGUUACCAAAACUUUGAUUCUGUGGAAUUAGAAAGUCUUAGCAGUGUAAGUGCAAGUCAUACAGUUCAUGUUCAGCAGAUACCACAUGACUUUGAUCUUUCCAUUUCAACUGGUCAAGCUGAUAGUACUCAGAAAACUUCACAAAAUACCCAAAAUCCUUUCGGAGACCUCCCUUCCUCUACAGAUUUUAAUUCUGGCUUACUGUCAUCUGCUCAUUCCAGUAACAUUUUUGACCUUGGAAUAUCUGAUAGUGAACUUGUUGACCCAUUUAGCUCAGUUGAAGAUUCAGUUCAUCCAGCGUGUUCAUUUGCUAGUCCAAAGGAGAAAGAAGCAAGCACAAGUAAUGAAAAUGAAACAAUAUUACUUGAAAGUGAGGAAACUGAUGUGAAAGGAGAUCUGAGUGGGCAGAGUGAACUAAAUGCAAGUAAUGAAAACAAAUAUUUGUCUCAUGAUAAUGGAAAUCCAGAUGUUACAGAAACAUCAGUGAAAGUUGAAGAAAACAAAACUGAAGGAAAUGCUCAAAGUGGAAAUCCAUUUUUAGCUGAGGAUACAAGCAGAUUAAGUCAGGUUGUCAAUUUUCAGUUAAAUGAGUUUGAUGAUGAGGCUGGUGUGGCUGAUGAUCUCAUAAAUGCAAACUAUAAUGAUUCCAAUAAGUUUUCUUCUGUUAACUUUCUAGAUGUAAAUUCUCUGAGAAUGGACCACCCACCUGCAAAGAAAUCAGCAAGUCUGAUAGUUGAAUGUGAUGCUAAAUCUCAGGCUGAUGAUUUAGAAGACCUGGAAGAAUCCGAACUCUUUGAUAAAAUAACAACACCAGAAGUUGGUCACUCUGGUGAAAAUAGUCCUUUUACACUGUCAGGAGUGAACUCUCCUUUUGUAAAUUCCGCCACUGGAACACCAUUUGAAGGUUUGUCAACUUAUCAUUCCAGAACAACAUCUGAUUCUGGUUUUCCAGAUAUUGCUGUUCCUCCAAAUAGUCUAAUGGAUCAAGGCUUCAGUGAGUCAGAUACAGACAGACAUUUGCCAAGUUUUAAUAAUGCUGAAAUGGUUGAACGCAUUCAGCAGAAAAAAGCCUCACUCGGAGCUGGUUUAGAUCUUUUAGAUCUUGAAGAAAAUGCUGGAGAAUCAAGCACACCGUACACACCUCAGAACAGUUUCCGUGAGGAAGGAGGUUUGUUUAUGCGUGACAACAGUCUUCCAUCCCUUAUGGAUUCAGAUUUUGUGGAAAAAGUGCAACAGAAAAGAGAUUCACUUUCAGCUAAAUUACAGUCUCCAGAUGGUGAUGAAAAUGGAGAUAUUGAACCUACAACAACUAACCCUUUUGGGGAUUUUACUGACCUCACAAGUACUGAAAGCGUGCCAUCAACCAAUCCGUUCUUCCUAGCAAAUAAGGAAAGCUUAGAGUUUGAUCCAUUUGGACCUAUAGAUACAUCGACGGGUAAAGACAGUGAAUUGGUGCUAGGUGAUACACAAACACAUUUUAAACCAAGGGAGGAAACUCAUCCAAAUUCAGACAUUUUGGAUAUAUUUGGUGAAUCUGACACUUACAAAGCUGAGAAUCAGUUAGAAAAUCAGACUGGUUCUCAAGAUUGGCUUGAUUUUACAAAUUCAAAGGCACAGUCUGAGUCCUACUCUGCACAGAAUUUGAAUCCUUUCUUGACAGACAUUGAAAACAAUGUCCAAACUGGACAGAAUAUUUUAAGUGAACAGAGUAUAGCAGCAGAAAUAAAAGCUGUCCAGCCUGUUGUUAGUAGUGAUGAAAUAGUAGACCAGUUCACAAUGGAAGCACUAAAUGAUUCAGCCAAUUUGGAAGCAGCAGAUGCAGUUUCGGAAACAUUAGCAAGGGAGAUAAUUCAUGAUGCUAUAGAAUCCUUUCCAGACUUAACUAAUCCUUUAGUUGCAACAGAAAUGAUACAGAGGAACGAUGCUGAUUGGACAGAACAAGGGUCAGGUGACUCUGGGAUAGGUUCAACUGGAUCACCACAGCAAGGACCAAAGGUUCAGGUUGGAACUAAAAGGCUGAAUCAUGAUUACUCUGUGGAGACGGAGUACUUGCCUAGUAUGGAUCCGCUGCAUGGCAGUCUUAAUAUAACAUCUACACCAUCAGACUCUAGAAGCAUAGAGACAGAUGCUGACAAAGAGGUUGUUGAGGCAGAGUCAUUUAGGAAGGUGAGUGGUGAUGGAUAUACCCUAGUUCCUGAAGAAUUACAUACUCUUGAUAAAACAGCACAAAUGGAACACAUUCCAGAACAAGCAGGAAGUAUUCCAGAAAAAAUUAGGGAAAUGAUAAUAUCUGAGAACAUUCAAUCAGCAUCUGUGUCCAGUGAACCAGAGAUUAGUAAUUAUAUUGAUACUAACACACAUACAAUAGAAGAAGACAAUGGAAUAUUAGAUUCAGAUAUUGAAGCAAUUAGUACUGAGAAUUUAGGCAUAUCUGAUGUAACAGAUGUUAGAAAAUCAACAGAAAGUGAUAACAAAUAUAGCUAUACUGAAGAUAUUGAUGCAAUGAAUGUAGUUGAUUUGUCAGGCUUUGGUAAAGUUUUGGGAACUGAAAGUGAAACUGAUGACACUACAGGCUAUUCAGCUGAAUUGUCAACUGUAAUAGAAAAUGUAAAAGAUGGUAUUUUGAAAGAUAAUAUUCAGGCAAGUGCUGUUGAUAUGAAUUUAAGUAACAGCAACAACAAUUUUGUAGGUGAUUUUGAUGACCAGUCUCUGGAAUAUAACAAUAGAUCAGAUCAACUUGACUCUGAGGGGAAUGUUAUCAGUUGUAAUCCUAUUGAAACUAAAGCAAGUGAGGAAGAUUUCAAUUUUGAUAAUGAAAAUUGCAGAGAUUUUGAAGACAUGACUAAAAAAAGUGAUACUAAUGAAGGCAAAAGUUUUGAACCUGAUUUCAUAAACAUAUUUGAAGGUUUGGAUUUGAAGGAAGAAAAGACAGUUGUUUGUGACAUUUAUCAUAAAUCUGAAAGUAAAUCAGUUGAGUUUGGAGAUAUUGAUACUAUCGAAGAUUCUGAGAGUAUCACUUCUGAAAGUGAAAGCAAGAUGUCGAUUGAACAGAUAGAAAUAUUUAAAGAUAGAAAUGAUGACAUUAUGAAUGCAGUGAAAGAUGAUGCAUCAGAGUUUACUUUUGAGAGUGAAUAUGAUGAACCAGAUGAUACAAGUUUUCAGGACAACAGUGCAAAAGGAAUUGAUAAUGAAGGUUUUGAAUUUGGUAGUCUGUCUGAUGUUAACAUUGAAAAAGAUUCAGAAAGCAUGUUUCAAGAGGAUAUAAGUGACAAGACUGGUGAAGUUGAACUUGAGUUUAGAAUGUCAAAAACAAAUGAGCCAGAGCCAGUGCCUGAAAAGAGUUCUGCACAAGUGGAAAAGAGUGAAAGUGACAAUAGUAUAAGUUCUGAUGCAAGUAGUAGUUUUCCAACAACUUCAGAAAGUGAAUCUGAACUUGUUACUGUUAGAGAAAAUAUUAAAGCCAUGAUGGAUGAGGAUGAUAUUGUUGAUGAAAGUACAUCUGAUCAGCAUGAUAGAGGGCCUACUACAGUAGCUGAUACAGGCACUGCAGCUGAAGUGCUAAAUGUGGUUCCUGAUGAGAAUCAUCAUUUGGAUAGAGAAAAAGCUUUGAAUUUAACGGAUUUUGAUAUGAAAAGGGAGGAAUCUGAAACUCCUGAUAUAGAUGAUUCUGAACAUGUCACAUCAGAAAAGGAAGAAAGUGAAGAAUUAAAAGCUGUUGAUAAAGAAAGUAAAGUUGGUAUAAUAUAUGAAACUACAGAUACAAAUGAAAGCAUUAAUUUCAGUAGAACAGUGAUAGAUAGUGAAAAAAUACAGACAGUAGGAGAUGUUGGGGACAAUUUGAUUAUGAUAAAUCAACCAAUGACAGAAAGUUAUCUUACAGUUGAAAGUAUAUCAUCUGUUGAGACUCCAGUAGAAGAACACAGCAGUGGCUUCUAUGAAGUAAAUCCAGAGACAAAAGAUGAGAACAUUACAGAAAAUUUAUAUACAAGUCCUGAGUUUGAGACAAAACUUAGUGAAAAUGAAACAGGCUUUUAUGAGGUUAAUAAAUAUCAUGAUACAAUGACUCAGAGUGCAGUAACUAUUGAUAGUUUGUCUUCAGUAGAUACACCAGAAAAUGGGGAAGUUAAAGGAUUUUAUGAAAUUAAUGCUGAACUGCUUGAGCAAGCAAUAGAAAAUGAUAAUGAAAACUUCUUAAAGAUUGAUGAGGACUAUUCUGAUGCGAGUGUUUCACCACUGGAAACACCAGAGACAGAAGGCAUGAAAGGAUUUUAUGACAUAAAUGCAGAAAAACUUGAAAAAGCAAUUGAACGGAUUGAUUCUUUAGACGUAAGUAACUCUUUAAUGGUUGAGAGUACAUACUCUGAUAGUAGUGUGUCCCCAGUGGAAACUCCAGAACUAGAACAUGUGAGUGGAUUUUAUGAAAUGAAUGUAAGCAUGAAUGGUUCUGAUAUUGUGGAGGACAGAUCAUAUGAAAUAACACCACUUGGGCCGGAGGAUGCACCUGAAAUUAAUGUUGAACUUGUUGGAAGUCCAAAUAGUAGUAACGAUUCAUUUGAUAGCGAGACUGAACCUAGUUUUGAACUGAAUGACAAUAAAUUAAUGGAAGAAGAAAGAAAGGUCAAUGAAGAGACAAAAGCUGAAGAAAAAUCAGAUGUAGAUCUUUGUAGUCAAAGUGCCAUUGGUAGCAUUGAUAUACAGCCAGCAGAUUCUGUCACUAAAAUUAAAGACAGAGAUAGUGAAGUGAAAGAGCAUGUUGAUGUUAUGACUGCCCAGUCUGGUGAGUUUGAUACAGCUCCAGAAAUCAAUAUAGAAAUGACUUCAAGCACAGACACUGUAGAAUCACAUCAAAGUGCUGGAGAAGGUUUUUAUGAAAUGAAUGCUGAAAUUCAGGGAACAAUGUUACAAAAUAUAGUUAUUGGAAAUGCAUUUUCACCAAUAGAGAGUCCAAGUGAAGAAGUUUUCAGUAUAGAUUAUGAAAUAAAUCCAAUGGUCCCAGAUGUCAAAGAUAAUAGCAGCACUGAGAGCUUUGAGGAGAACUCUCCUGAGACUCAAUGUAAACCAUUUGUAAGAUUUUUUGUCAAUGAUAAAGAAAAUAAUGAUAAAGUUGAUGAAAUGGCUGAUGCAUUAGUUGUAACAGCCUUAUCUGAAGCUAUAGAAUCACUACAGGAGCAAAAUUCUAAUGAGAACUUUGGAAGAAAUGAGGAAGAGAAGACUGACAAUAUGAUUGAUUUUGAUAAAUCUGAAGAAAGUGACAAAUAUUUCAAAAUGGCUGACGACUUAGUUAAUGAAGCAAUUUCAAAUGCCAUUGAAGUGGUACAAGAAAUAAGACUAAAUGAAGAAGAGCCAUUUAUUAAAUCUGAAAUCGCCAGUGCAAUGAAGGAAAUUUCUGAUUCAAGUGAUUCUGAUGCCAGCUCCACCACAACUGAAGGCAGCUACAGAAUAGUUGACUCUGUUGAUCUAUCUCCUGAUGUAACACCUGAUAGGGAAGAAGUGUUUUCCUCUGAUUUAGUUAGUGACAAAGAUAAUGUGAUUGUAGAAGAAAUAUUUGAAGAAAAGGAUUUGGUAACAAGGGAGGAUUUUGAAGAUAAAGUUGAUAAAGAAGAUGCUGAAAAACAAAUGUUUACAAAUGAAGUGGAGAAAAAAACUUACAAUUUUGAAACAGAAAUUGUUCCAACAGAUGUUGUAAGUGCUGAUUCUCAUUUCUUAAAUGAUGAAAAUGGCAAUAUAACAAUAGAGAGAUCUGAACCAGAUUUAAAUCUUUCUCUUGAAACUGGAAAGACUGAUAGAGAGCACGAAACUGAUUGUUCUAUAUUAAAAGAACAAGAAGAUGUCAAAGAAGUGGAUGAUAAGACAAAGAAAUUUGAAAGACAAGAAACAUUGAUACCUGAUAUCAUAAUUAGUACUGAGGAAACACCCCCUGGUUCUGAUGAAAGUGAAUCUGAUGUAAAUAAAGAAGUGGUAAAAUCAGAUGAAGUUGAUCUUGUUACUGAAGUAACAGAGAGUGUGAUUGAAAAGGAAGAAGCCAUAGACAAUAUGUCGAAUAUUAAACUAGGAACAGAGAUAACUGACAGUUAUGAAAUCAAAGAACAUGAAAUAGAUGGACAAGAAGUAGUUAACAGUAAAGCUGAAGGAGAUAAGAAUAAGGAUAGACCCGACAAAAUUGAUGUAGUAGAAGAAAAUUUGAUUGCAAUUAAUAAAAACAAAAGUGAAACACUAAAUGAAAGUGAAGGCGAGGAUUUUAAAGCUGAACUGUCUUAUCUGAUUGAUGGCAGUGAAAUGAGUAUUUUGAAUAAAAAUCAAGAAUUUAAACAGCAAAGAAAAGUCAUCGAAGAGGUCAUUAUUAAUGCUGAAACAGCUGUAUUAGAAAGUGAAGUUAAUUCAGUGCAUACUGCAAAGGAGCCAUUGUCAGAAAUUGUCAGCUUUGAUCAAAUAAUGGAAGGAAAUGAACCAGAGGUACUUCUUGAAAAUAUUGCUGAUUAUAAUAAGGCUGAAUCUGUGCCUGUAACUGAAGAUGGAAAUGUAAAUGCUGAACAAAUUAGUGAAAUUGAUGAUAAAAAAAGUGUGACUUUAAAUGGCACUGAGAAGAAAGAGGAGGUUCCAUAUCAUAACAUCAAAGAUUUAGAAGGUGAAAAAGAUGAGAAGAAAGGUUCAAAGGCAAAGAAAGGUCAGGCAGAAUAUGUGACAAGGAAGGAAAUUUUCUACACAUCUGCAGGACGUAUGAGCAUAUCAAUAGACAGUGUUGUAGAUCCUCCUAGUGACAGUGAUCAAGUUUACACAGGGGGGCAGGAUAUUAUUCAUGAAGAGGCACAUGAGGCUAUACAGGUUUCACAUAUACUAGCACGCACAGGUAGCGCUAUAUAUCACGCAGAUGAAGUACUUACACAGCUUAGUGAAGCUACACUCGCACAGCAGCAUGAUAUUGCACAAGCAGCAACCUUUGUUGUGUCUGACAGUGAUGAUGAUGAUGAUACUUUGUCUAAUUAUUCUCAGCCAGUUGAUGAUGAUGAUGAUGUGGCUUCGGAGAAACAUGUAGUCAUUGAAAAGGUAGAACCGGAAAAACCAAAGGCCAGUCAUGAGAAAAUGAAGAUGGAUGACACACAAGAAUGGCAUGAGGACCCAAUACCUGGUAUGGGGGCAACAACACAAGAUUCGUCUACAGACGAGUCGGACACUGAGAGCGACAGUGAAUAUACUAAACCUGCACGUCCAGACAGCCUCCUGAAUGGUGCAAGACGAAAAAAGAAAAUUGCUGCAAACAACUUCCUGUCUCCAGACUCCACUGAUGACCUUGUGGAAGGUGUUGACGACAUUCCAACCCCUGAUGACCUUGAAACCCCUAGUGAUAUAGAAGGGGAGCUUGAAUGGGAAGCACCUGGGCCAGAUGACACGCCUAUCACUCCAACAUCUGAUUCUAAAAAGUUUGUAGAAUAUCGUGAUGAUGAAGCAGAAAGGGAAAAGUACGAGAAUACAAAAUUCCGUAAGGUAGAAAUAGCAGGCAAGGAUUAUCGUGUAGAUAUGAAAGUGAUAGAACCCUACAAGAAAGUUCUGUCACAUGGAGGUUACUAUGGUGACGGUCUCAAUGCAAUUAUUCUAUUCUGUGGUUGUUACCUACCUGAUCGAGGCAGACGAGACUACCAGUAUGUCAUGGACAAUCUAUUCCUAUAUGUGAUAAGUACUUUAGAACUUUUGGUAGCAGAAGACUAUAUGAUAGUUUAUUUCCAUGGGGCCACACCAAGACGACAAAUGCCAAGUUUUGGUUGGCUGAAAAGGUGCUACCAGAUGAUUGAUAGAAGAUUACGGAAGAACUUGAAGGCCUUGUUGAUGGUACACCCUACGUUAUGGCUGAAAACUGUUGUUAUGAUGACCAAACCUUUUAUUAGUUCUAAAUUCAGUUCCAAGCUUCGUUUUGUGAAAACGUUACAAGAAUUAGGGAAAAUAGUUCCUAUGGAGUAUAUCUAUGUACCAGAACCUGUCUCACAUACAGAAAGAAUGCUACAAACUGAUCCUGAAUACCUGGAAAAAUGGGAAAAAGAGCAGGAGAAAAAAGGUCUUGUGGAAACUAAGAAAUCUAAAUUCAGUUUUCUUAAAAGAAGAAAAUAAGGAAUCAUCCUCAGAAAUGAAACAAACAGAGAGAGAAAGAAAUACCAGUUUUACAUAUAUUUUUCUCUAUGAAUACUAUAGUAUGCAACAAGUAUUUACUGUUGAUAAAUUUUGUUCAGCUGAUUUGUUCACUAGAAUGCAGAGUGAUAUAAAUGAUCUUCACACUGGUACAUGUUAUAGACUUCACUCUCAGUGAUAUAAUGAUCUUCACACUGGUACAUGUUAUAGACUUCACUCUCAGUGAUAUAAUGAUCUUCACACUGGUACAUGUUAUAGACUUCACUCUCACAAUCUGGUGAAGGCAUAUAUGUUUUGGGUCUGGUCAUUUUACCUUCCUAUCUGUUACAAAAUCAUGUCCACUCUGUAUUGACCUGGAAGAACUUCAUGAUAACUUGGCAAAAAUGAAUACAAACAUGCAGAAUAACCAUUUCAUUCAGACAUGGCCAGUAUUGUAUAUUACUGUGAGAUCAAACAGACAUCAAGGGUUAAAAAAAUAGGUCACUUGGUCAAAUCCUAGAAAAGCCUUAAGAGGCCGAUUUCUACAUGAUCUUCACAAAACUUUAUGGGAAUGUUUGUCUAUGAAGUCUAGGUCAUCUAUGAAACUGGCUUAAUUGAGAUCAAAAAGUAAAGUUAAGUCAUAGAAAAACUUUGUUGUAAAUCUUGAUGUCACAUUUUCUAUCUGAUCUUCAUGAAAUCUUACCAAAAUGUUUGUCUUUAUGAAAUAUAGGUCAUGUUCGAAAAUGGAUUAAUACUCCAGAGGUCAAGCUUUUUACCAGAUCUUUAUGAAACUUAGAUUUUGUUCUGAAAGUUUUAUCAAGUUUGAUGAAAUAAGUCAGCUGAAUGAUACAUGGCCUUCAUGGCCCUUGUUUUAAAUAUCUGGUCACAAAUAUGUUCCAUGAUUAUAGGAUUUACAGAAAGCAACUGUAAUUUACAAAUUUUUGACUGCUAUGGCCAAUUCUUGAGAUAAGUUCAGGCUUCCAUUUAAAAGCAACCUCUAGUUUGACAAUAUUGCUCUACAAUAGCUUAAAACGUAAUCAUUCUAGUUCACCCAGUAGUGAUGAUGGAAAAUGGUUACUGCUAUGCACUUCCUGCAGUUUAUUAUAGAUGCUUCUAUGGAAAUACUUGAAAUCAUUUACCAAAUAUUGUUUUAACAGAGAAAUAUGAAACUUAUUGUAUAAUUUUUUAUGUUGAAAUCAUUAAUACAAUGUACUACAUACCUGGCAAUAUUUAACCGAACAAGACUUGUUUGUAAAGUGUAACUACCAAUAGUUAUAAUGUCCGAGGUGGCUCUAAGAUAGUUUCCUCAAAAUACUGUAUGAUGAUCAGGUUAUAGUACUGCCUCCCCUAAUUCAUUGUACAGGAAUUCAAAUUCUGAUUUCACCAACCUUUGAUUUGAUUGACAAGGUAUCUGUUUGAAGAUAGUACAUAUAAGAACUUGCUGAUAGAGCUAAGUUUUAAUUAUAAUCCAGUUUGUCAUGUGUGCAUGAAGUAUAAAUGACUGGUGUGCUGUAAAAAUUGUAUUUAUCUGUUUAUCAAAAGAUUUAACAAACAUGACCAUUAGUCACAUUAUAAGUUUGUUUGUUGGACAUGUUGACCAACUUCCAUUUAUAGAUCAUGUGUACAAGUUACUGUGAAAUAUAUUGUAUUAGAGCAUUUGCUUUAUGUAUAUAUUUGAUGGUUUCAGAUUAUAAACAGUUUAUAUUCUAUUGUUGGACAUACAUGUUAAUUGCAUUUUGUUUGUAAUGCUGCUUUAAUUAUUGUUACCAUUUUGUGAUAGCUUUACCUGCUAACUGUUUGUACAUAUAGGUGAGAGAAUGUAAAUGCAUAGAAAAUAUUGUCAAAGUGUGUAUUAAACAGUUUAAAACUUGUGUAAACUUGUAUAAAAAUAUGUAAAUACUUGUAAAACUUGUAAAUACAUAUAAAUGUUGUUAAAAGAUGGAUGGUGAUUGUUUUAUUUGCUAGCAUUUGAAAGUAUAUUUGGGUUUCAUUUUUCCCUAGAUGGGUAGGGAUGCUUUGAUUCAUAUAUCAGAAUCACUUUUAUUAGCAUUUGACAUUUAGUGCAAGUUUGGAACAGUUGAUAGAAACCAAACUUACUCAUAAACUAGGUUUUUAUAUAAAGAAUUAAUGACUACUAAAGUCACCAAAACUCAUUUCAUGCCAUAUGUUAAGUUCACUUGUUCAAUCUUACUUUGUUAAAAUAAAGUUGAAGCAAAAAACGUCUGAUAGUGAGAAAUAUGUUUGAAAUUUUGUAUUCUAACAUUUACUUAUACAACAACUAUUUACUUUAGCUCCCUUUACUAAAGCUAUGUGAUGAAAUUAUUAUACAUGCACUAGAUUCUGUCUCUGUUUUUCUACUGUCAGUAUUAGAGAAUUUUUUCCUAAGUUAACAAUUUUUAGCUCGACUAUUCGAAGAAUAGGGGAGCUAUCCUACUCGCCCCGGCGUGUGCAUGAGCGUCACACAAAUGUUAAAGUUUGCGUACCACCCCAAAUAUUUUUCAAAGUCCAUUGAGAUAUUGCUUU